AUAUUAAUCAGGUUUUGAAAGGUGACACCCAUUAGAAAGUAUUUAUAAGGAGAGUAGUUGGUGGGAGAGAAUAUGUUACUGCUUAUUUCAGAACAGGCUGUGUUACUCUCUCAGUUACUCACUUAGGAGCCGUUGCUGCUUUUGAAGAUGACUUCUUAUUAUUCAUCAUCCCAAAAGGGAACAAGCGGAUCUGUAGCUGGUGGAAGAUCAGGGGGGAACAGGAGCUCAGUCUCCUUUGCAAGUUAUGGUGGAGUUGGUGGCAAUGCAGGGUUCUGCCAAAAUGGAGAAUAUGGUGGUGGCUUCGGUAGCAAUGUAGGUGGUGGAUAUGGUGGGGGCUACAACAUGGCUUUUGGUGGUGGUGCAGGAUCUGGUUUUGGUGGAGGAGCAGGUGGUGGAUUUGGUGGUGGAGCUGGAUUUGGUGGUGGAGCUGGCUUUGGUGGUGGAGCUGGCUUUGGUGGAGCUAGUGGAGGUGGCUAUGGCUUUGGUCAAGGUGGAGCUUUUGGCGAUGCUGGGGGUCUCCUUUCUGGCAAUGAAAAGAACACCAUGCAGAACCUAAAUGAUCGUUUGGCCAAUUACUUGGACAAAGUGAGGGAGUUGGAGAAUGAUAAUGCUGAGCUAGAGAAGAAGAUACGUGAAUGGUAUGAAAAGCAGAGUCCAGUUAGUAAGGAAGCUGACUACAGUCAAUAUUUCAAGAUUAUUGAAGACCUCAGAGCCCAGGCAAGUUGAAGAAUGAUUAUAAAUCAAUGAUUUUUGAACCUUAAGCCCAAUCCUUAGACAAUCAUCUUUUAUUAUUCAAAGCUUAAAUUUCCAUAACACUUUAUUUAACAUAAAAGCAUUUUUUAUAUUUCAGUGUACAGGGUAACUGUUAUAUUUUGUGUUUAUGCAAUGAACAUCCAUAGCUUCUCUAUGGCCACUAGCUAUCUGUCAAAGCUUUAAAACAAUUAAUCUCAAAAUUAUCCCAAUGCAGCUGCAAUAGAAAUUCUUUUUGCAUUAUUCCAAUGGAACUGAUUAGGAACAUUUCUGAAUGGAAUAAUAAAUUAUUAGGGGUAAAUUAGGACUGGAAAUCACUGCCUUAACAACUGUGUAGUCAGGUAAUAGGGAAUUAAAGAGAAUCUUAUGUUUCAAAGCUAUUGCCUUUACUUUAUCCAUAGCAAAACAAGUCUACCAAUAGCUUAAAAAUAAGUACAAAUUAUUCAAUAUUUUCUACAAUAUUAAAUUCAUGAAUUAUUUUAUACAAGUAUGAGUUGAUAUUAUAAGUGAUAUGGGAGGGAUUCUUGCCAAAACUAAUGGACUGAUGAUGAUGAUGAUGAUGAUAAUCAUGAUGGUGAGGUCUUCUUCUCACUGUUGAUCAUGUGAUACCUCAUUUUAGAUACUUGCUGCCCAUAUUGACAAUAGCAAAGUGGUUCUGGCCAUUGAUAAUACAAGAUUGACCACAGAUGACUUCAGACUCAAGUAAGUACCCAUGUUAUUAUUGUCAGUUUCUCUUAUGCAAGAUAUAUACUGAGUAUGAACCUUCAACAUCCUAGCUGCUCUGGACUAGGACUUCCCCAAUCUCCUGUCUGGAAAAUAAUUUACCAUAGAAGCUGAAUGCAAGAUGUUCCUCUAGUGCACUGUACUGAUUACUGUUUAAACCUGCCUGCAGACCUACUACCAUAAAUCCCAUGAUGCCUAGAGCUAUGGAUCGUGGGUUGUUCUUCUGAAUUAUUGUUCAAUAUCUUGCAAAGGAUCAUGGGAGUGGUCAUUUAAAGAAAUACUAUGUAUUUGUGUCCUAUAUAUAUGAGUAUAAACUAAAUAAUCCACAUCAUCUCUUUGGCCACUGGUUAUCUAUCAAAGCUUGAGAACAACGAUUCUCAAAAAGUUCAAAAUGUAGCUGCAACUAAAAGAGUUUUAGCAAUACCCCCCUAUUUAGUUUAGUUAAAAGUCACAUUAUAAUUAAAAUUGAAAGAAAUAAGAGAAGUGAUAGCUCUUUCACUAAUAUGCUAAUUAUAUAGGUUUAGUGAUAGCAGUUGAAUAUUAUAUAUACUACAGAGAGAUAAUACGAGAUAAGAGAACUUCAAAUAUUAGAAUUCACAGAUUUAUGGAAGCUGUACAUAUUUGCCAAGUUCCAAGUAAAAUCAGCGGGUUUUAAAUGAUGACUUGCAAAUAUAUACACAUACGUUACAUUUAUUUAAAAGUCUAAGAGGUAUGCAGGCUGUACACUUGAAAAGAACCAUCAUAUUAAUGUAUACACAAGGGUGAUAAGGAGUAGACCAACAGAUCUAAGGCAAUAGAUUUGAGGCUUAGCAAACACACUGUACAUUUAUUAUUAUAGUCAGCACUGAGAAUUUAAUAUCAGAUGGGAGAACAGUGUAAAGACUUACUAACAAUGUAAAGGUCCAUAGAUCAACCAUCCAUUCAUUACAUAUAUUUAUUUAAGAGUAUGCGUGUGUAGACAUAGAUAGAUAAAGACACAAACAUUGAGAUUUUUUGUAUUUUUUAUCUACAUGUGUACACAUCUAAAAACAAAAUACAAUGUAUGGACUAGAGGUAAUAACAGGGAGCUUUAGAGAAAUAUGGGUGGAAUUCACUUCCAUUUGGUUAGUCUACACCAAACUUUGAUAUGGCUGUUUUUCUGUUAGUUAGUUGUUUUUUUUUCUAUUUUUUUUAUUUAAAUUUUUAAUAAAGGAAUAACAAAAUAAACAUAAAAAGGCAUUUGUUCUGGACUUCAGUAAUGUUUUAUUUGGGUAGUAUUAAGGUUCAGUGGAAAGAUACAUGUGUGUAUCAAUCUCUUGGUAGAACGAGAGAUGGAGAAGGCUAAGUGAUAAGUCAUAAGGAUUUAAAUCUCAAGUUAAAUCUCAAAACCUUAUCACGAGCCCCAAAUCAGGCCAUAUACAUGUAGCCCCUGACUAUUAGAUUUUUCGUAUUUUCAAUCUUACAACGUUAUGUACAUGUAUGUCGUUUUUAAAAUAUCAGUUUUGCACUGAAAAGCUAAUAACUAAUAAACGUUAGGAUUUGUCUGAGCUUUUCGGUAGCCUGUACUCUCCAAGUAUAGGAAACUUACAAUAUUCCAAAUAUGUUUUAAUUCUAAUUAAAACUAUCCUCUGAAAAUAUACUACUAUUAAUAAUGCUUUUUAUAAAUAUGUGAAUUUUAAAAGAUAUUUAAUUUGGAUAUAUCAUUAGGCAGGAGUUGUUCAUGUCAUAAUCCAAUGAGCUGCAUCUUAUGGGACAAAGGCAUCUGAUACGUACCAGGACACAAAUAUAGGCAAAAGAAAAUGUGUAUUGAUCAGAUGUGGAUUUAAACUGGUUGGCAUACUUUUAUAUUAGAUGUGGCAUACUACAGCCCCCUCCCCCAGAAUGAUGGCAGUCAAGCAUGCAGAAUCUGAUAGUAUAUAAUGUACAUAGACAAGAAGAAUUCUUGGCUGGACAUUAUUUGAUUUCUUGAGUUGUACUCACAUUUAUUUUCUUAUGGCUAAGGUAUGAGAAUGAGUUGGCUCUUCGGCAAAGCGUGGAGGCUGAUAUCAAUGGCCUGCGCAGGUUCCUGGAUGAACUGACCAUGGCUAAGUCUGAUCUUGAAUCUCAGGUUGAGAGCCUGGUUGAGGAACUGGCUUACCUUAAGAAGAACCACGAGGAGGUAAGCAGAAUAGCUUUUUAUAGCUAACGUUUUCUACACUUUCAAUGUAAUCUUGCACACAAAUCGAUGGUCAGUGCAGCUGAAGUCAUAGAAAAAGUACGUAAGGACAACAAAAACAUGAAUAAGUAAUUCAGCUUUUCUUUUCUCUCAACAUUUGUACAAUAACUUUUUUAAAUUUCCACCUUUUGACUUGUUCCAGUACAGUGGAGAGAUGUGUUCACCAGAAUGUGAAACACCAAACACAAUAGAUUUACUAAAGAUUGCUAAGUUGCAUAUGAAAAAUUAGUAUCUUAAUAAUUGGUAUUCAGCUAAAGUCGUUAUUCUCUCUUGCAGGAGAUGAAGGGAAUGCAAGGCCAAGUCAGUGGCACUGUCAACGUUGAGAUGAAUGCUGCCCCAGGAGUAGAUCUGACUAAAAUCUUAAAUGAUAUGAGAAGCGAUUAUGAAAGAUUGGCAGACAAAUACCGCCAGGAAGCUGAAGAACGAUUCCAGAUGACGGUGAGUUCUUGGGAACCAUUAGCAUUCAAUGUUGUCAACUUCCAUUCACUAAUUUAUAACCUGCAGCAUUGGUCAAAGUAGGUCGGGAUAGAAGAAACAGAAUUUCCAGUAAUACUAAAGCAGAACAUGGAAAUCAGCUUUAACAAUGUAAACUCACACUGUUUGGGAAUGUUUCUCAUUUUAAAAGAUAGUCCUGGUGAGAACAAAUGGGUCAUUUGAAGGAGCUGACUUUGAAUAACCAUAGGUUCUAGAAAAACAAUAGAUCCACAUUGAUUGCGUUUGCACUGGAGUACAGAGGUUAUUAUGUGAGUGACGUAUUUAUAAAAGCUAUAAAUAAAGAUUUUUAUCCCCCCGACCAGGCACAGCAAACCCUGAUAUCGUUAUAUAUUACCAUAAUUUUAAUAGUAAUUAUAAUGUUCAUGAGCGGACAAGUAAAGAAAGGAUAAAUAUCAGUUCAUUAUCCUGGAAUGCAUUGAUAUUUUUAAUUAGUACAAGAGAGAGUUUGCCUGCCAUUAGCAAUUCUUUGAUGUUUCAAAAUCAUGUAAUUGUAAUCGCUUCUAAUCACUUUGCUCCUGUAAGGGGUUAUAUUAAUCCUUUAAUGGCAAGAACUGUUCCCACCUCUCUCUCUCACAUAUUUCAUAUUUUGUUUUGUUAUUUCAGGCCAAGGAACUGCAACAGCAAGUUGUCACCAGUAGUCAAGAAGUCCAGACUUCCAAAUCAGAGAUCUCAACCCUCAGACAAUCACUUCAAAGUUUGGAGAUAGAACUUCAGUCUCAACUUAGCAUGGUAUGAACAACUAAUCAUCUAACACCCCACCUGACAGUUCAAUAAUGAAUGCUCUUGAUAUUUUUGAAGCCACUGGUUAGAUAAUCUAUUAGUAAUAAUAAUAGAAUCUUUACUUUGUUGUAAAAAACAUACUAUUAUAAUAAGUAAUUCUAGUUGAGCAACAUAACAUAAAAUAUAAUCUGUUUUUCAAAUCUAUUUCCUUAAUUACUUUUUGUAUUUUAACCUCUAUUGUAACAUCUAUAUCAUGCCCUCCUCUGACUCAAUCUCAAUGUUCUUGUCUGCAAAACAUUUGAUUCUUUGGUAACUGGUUAGUUUACUUUCUGAUCUAUAUUUUAAAAAUUUCUACUUAAAGACACUGUUGGUCAUGCCACAACAUUAAGUAUUGUUAAGUAUUGAAGUUUACGUGAGACCUUUUGUUAGCAAUUUUUCUCUGUAAAUUGCAGAAAUCAGCUUUAGAGUCCACCUUGGCAGAAACAGAAGGACGGUAUUGUGCACAGUUGUCUCAGCUCCAGGACGUUAUCUUAAAGGUCCAAUCUGAGAUUUCAGAUCUCCGUAAUCAGAUGGAACAACAGAGUAAUGAGUACAAAUUACUUCUGGACAUCAAAACCCGUUUGGAGCAGGAAAUCUCCAAGUACAGAGAUUUACUUGAUGGACAGGACUCUAAGUAUGUUCACCCUAAAUGGAAAAUAUUUAAAUGUUCCUUAUUAAAAAAGGAGAACUUUAUAUGAAUUAGCUAUGACCAUUUUCACACAGCUAUGUAACAAAUAUUACUGAUGUAAGAAAUAUUUUUCAAAUACAAGGAAUGUAGAUACAGAUCAUGAACCAAACUUGAAGUUUAGUUCUUCUCGAGGUGGGUUAUAUGUUAGCUUUAUUAAUUAGAAAUGUUCUCCUGUGAUCAUUUAAUUAUGAGGCCAUUUAGGCUGUGGCUACCCUAUGUAGCAGAACAAAGGGAUCUGAUGUUGAAUUUAGAAGAAGUAUCAGGGUUGAAUAUAUGUCUUCUGUAUGCUAAUCCUCUAAUAUAAUGGAUAAGCAUAUUAUUCUGGAUAUUUGACUUAGCCUAAAGAAACCAUUAGUAUCUGCUCAUCUUUAAUGGGAUGCGAUGCUAGGAUACAUGGGUGGGAAUCCAAUAUAUAUUAUUGGGUAUUGGCUAUAGUUUUAUCAAAAUAGUUGCAUACAUACAUACACACACAGAAAAAGGAAUCAGUGCUCACAAGUCAAUAUUAGGAGACCAGUCAGAACUUGGCUUAAUACUCUGUAAUUCCACAAUACCGUUUUUAUAUACUCUUUACCCUUUUUAUUCAGGAUGUCAACAGGUGGAAGCUCAUCCAGCAGUACUACCAUUUCAUCUUCUUCUACUACGACUUCAAGUAAGUGUACCUCCAUUCUCGUACUACUGUCUUUCUCCAGAUGACACUGGAAGUACUGUGCCUCUCUACAACCUUGUACAUCACCACAACUCAUGAUACACCUGCACCUGAUAUAGUUCUGUUGCAAUCCUGCACAUCCUAUACAAAUAACUAAACACACCCCUAAUCUAAACGUUAUUAGCUCACCCCCUUAAAUAUGAAUUCCAAGUUCUAUUGAGGCUUCCUGUUAACCCUUGACUCAGGAUCCAACUACUUCAUAGUAUACAAUCAACCACCUCACUUUUCAGUUUUAUUUUGUUUUUACAAACGUUUGAAGACCCACCUAAACCGAAAUGCAAUCAUUGAGCAUCCACAGUCCAGUCCUAUUUCUAACUUCAUCGUUUUCUAUAUAAGAUGUAAAGUAUAGACUAUAUUAAGUGUAGUAUGCAUGGUAUAAACAGUAGCAGUGGAGCAUUUGUCUUGAGAAUAUAUUUAAUUAUAUUCACUUUUAAUAGAAUAAAAAAAAAUGCUACAUUCAUAAAAUAAUAUGUAAACACUACAAUAAUAAUAUAAUGUUUAAUUUAAAAUAUUUUAUAUAAAGCUAUUAAUAUUUAAAUUGCUCAUUUUUUUUCAACAGGCACUAACAAGGUGCGCUAGUUUCCAGAAUUCCAUUUUGGGACAAACCUCGGUGUAACACAGCCUGUUCAACUCUACUGAUGCUUCUCAUCUUAUUUGUGUGCUUUUUCAAGAUUUAUGAUACAUUGGAAUGUGGUGUUUUUUUCUUGCUAAUUGUUGAAUAAAUCUUUUAUCUAUUGCAAUGUGAA